UUUGACGCCGACGAAAGAAAAAAAGACAGCAUGGCGGACGAUUUACCAGAAGGAUGGGAAAGGAAAAUGAGCCGGUCUGCCGGCAAAGAAUAUUACUUGAAUAUUUAUACCAAGGAAAGCCAAUGGGACCGUCCAACAGCUCCUGCUGAAAAGAGUCCUAUGGUUCAGUGUUCACAUCUUCUGGUGAAACACAGAGAUUCUCGUAGACCAUCAUCCUGGAGGGAAGAAAACAUCACAAGGACCAAAGAAGAAGCAUUGAAGAUUUUAAAAGGUUACAGGGAUCAAAUUGUAAGUGGACAGGCUACUUUUGAUGAGCUAGCUUCCCAGUUCAGUGACUGCAGCUCAGCCAAGCGGGGUGGGGAUCUGGGUCCGUUCGGAAGAGGACAGAUGCAGAAACCCUUUGAAGAUGCUACAUAUUCAAUGAAAGUAGGAGAGCUCAGUCAGCCAAUCGAGACAGACUCUGGUGUACACAUCAUACUGAGGACAGCUUAACCUACCAUUACUAUUUGUCAUAAUGCUGGGCAUUGAAUGUAUAAUUCUGACAGACAGCUCUACUUACAUCACCGUUUUCUUUUAGUUGGUGCAUCAUUAGUCUUUGUCAAAUAAGACAUAUUGAAUGAACAACCCCUUAUGAAUAUUGUAGUCUUUUCAUGCCAUGGAGGAAAAAUAGAUGAAAAUGCAUACGGUUGUAAGGUGUGAAACACAGCACUUGCCUCUGAAAUUCGUAAACUGCCGAGAGUGACAUUUAAUUUUGUUUUUGUAUAUGGUCUACCUUUGUUUAACUUUUGUACUAUUAGCUAUUUGAUGGAAUAUAUUGUCAUGUGAUUUCAAGUCUCCUUGUACUGUUUAUUUAGGUGCAAAUUAAUAAAUUACAUGUGCAAUGUU